UGCACCUUUGAGGAAGGCAACUGUAGCGUUAGCAAAUUCUUAUAUUACUUGUAGCUGCUUUCACAAUGAUUUACGUUAAUCAGCAACAGACUAUUCCAUUUCAGGUAAUCAUGAUUUUUGUAAAACCUUGUCCGCAUGACAAAGGGACAAGCUCUCAAGAAUCGACCAAUGUACGAGCGACCUUUGGUGAAAAUGACUAUCUGGCAACUGUAGCCCUUAAUACUGUACAUGGUAGACAGUUCAGCUGCAAUAAGAAAAUGGUUUUUGAAUCAGUCGCCGGUUAUCUACCACUUGGUAAUCUCCCAUUGUCCUGCCAGUUUAAGAUGGACUACAAACAUCCACUUAUGCUCCUCCUGGCAUGUGCCAUCAGCACAAGUUUAGCUGAAGAAAUCAAGUUACGGAAGGCUUUGCAAAAACCAUCAGACACAACCCUUCUCGGGAACAAGACGUUCAUAGCAGGCAGGGCACCACGGUCUGCUAUCGUUUCUCUCGCUGGCGAUCCAGAAGUAGAUGACCCGAUGAAGGUGAUGGGAAUGGCAUCUUCCAACAACUAUUCUUAUUUCCUUUUGUCAUCUCAGGAGGACGUGGUUCUCCAGGUUGGAAUCUCGAUAUGGCAAAUCGUGCGACAAAAGGUAGACAAAUGCCAGUUCAUAUUCGUCACUGAGGACAGUGACCAGUCAUUGAUUAUGAAUGUCUUAAGGCAGAGUUUCAUGUUCACGCAGCCUCUGGUACUAAUUGACCUGAAUUCCCGGUUGAGUAGUACAACCCAAGAUGACCUGUUUAGGGCAAUUUGGGGAACGGCCACCGCUGUCUGUCGGACGAUACUGGUUGAUCUCACCGCCGAAAAUGAGUCCCGUACUUUCAGAUUUUUAGAAGACUCGAAAUUGUGGUUAUGGCCCGAAGCAAACGUUGUCUUUGUAGGGAAUCGAAGGAGGGCCAGGCCGGCUUUUCAGCAACCGGCUCUUCGUAACACCUGUCAUCUGAUUUUCGUAGGCCUCCACGAAGAGAUGACAAAGAAUGCCUUCGUGUUCAAAAGUGCAGUACCAGUAAGAACAUAUCUUGCAAAUCAUUCUCGGCCCCCCCGAGGCAGCAACAAAUUAGAUGUGCUCCUCACCCGUCUUCCAUCGGUAACUCCCAAAUCUCAGAUUGGAUUGUAUACCCGAUGUCUUUACUGCGACGAUGGACAACCAAAGACUUGGCUCCUGUCUUCUUGGCCCUUGGGAUCCGACAUUCCUCACCACACAGCCACGAGUGAAAUUUCCAAUCUGCAAGGCCACCGUUUGAAUAUAGUCUCCAUAGCUUACCCACCUUACGCGAUUCACGCACAAGGCGAGAGUGGGCCUGGAGGGGAGGUCGUGAUGCUGGACUCUCUAGAUAAGCGAUUACUGGAUACAAUUUCCCCUCGAGUGAAUUUUACCUACGGAAUACGUUCUCCAAAGGAGAUUCAGUUCGGCAUCCAACAGAACGGAAGCUGGUCCGGAAUGAUGGGCGUCAUACAGAGGAAAGAGGCUGAUUUCACAACCAUCAUGGGCUAUUCCGCUGACAGGGCCUCGGUCAUAGACCAUCAAAAGACUAUUGAUAUAGAACAGCUGAUCAUCACGUCGCUGAAGCCACAGGCUCUGACACAGUACUUGCUCCUCUUGCGGCCUUUUUCGGCCGAAGUUUGGAUAUUCUUGGUGGUCUCCAUGGUGGUUUGGGGAGUUUCUCUGUGGUAUCUCCUGAGGACGAGGUCUCAAUACAGCGGAGAAAAACCGACGACUUUAAGCAGUGCCUUUUUCAACAGUUUUGCGAUCGUGUUGGGAGUUCCUCCUUCAAGUACACCAACGAGUGCUACAGGACAAGUUAAUAAUAUUAUCUUCUCACAAGCUAUAAUAGUAACGGAUAACACAGCAAAUGGAUGUUUUGUACUAAUGUUAGUUGGGUGGUGGCUGAUAGCGGGGCUUCUGAUCUCGACGGGGUUCAAGUCGUCUUUAGUUGCCCACCUGACGGUGGAAGGAAAAACGCCUCCCAUUGAUACUUUCGGUGAUCUAGUUAAACUGGACGGUUGGAAAUGGGGCUUCGAUGACCGCAUCCUUACCGGCUUGGUACUGAUCUACUUGAGAGAUAGCACGGAUAAGGAUAUUCAGGAGAUCUACAAACGUCACGAGAAAAUCUCUCCUGAGGAAGGCUUGAAGAAAGUUCUAAAAGGGCGCUAUUCGUUAUUGUCGACAAAGGACAGAGUUAUCUAUUUAAUCGGGACGCAGUACAUAGAUGAAUAUGGUCAGUCGCCUUUUUACAUCAGCAAGCAGAGCUACAAUAUAGUUCCAGCCUUGGGGUGGGGCUUUAGAAAGGGCGCCCCGUUCAGACGUCCCAUUUCCAAACUCAUACGUCAACUUACCGAGAGUGGAUUAUCAAACCGAUGGCUGAAUGAACUUGUUACCAUUAACAUUCGACAAAUCAGGGAAACUACUAGAAAACAACAACAACAACAACAGCAAGACUCUAAGGAAGUUAACCAGAUGGAAGAGGUGACUACUGAAAGUGGUGGACUUGUCAUACGAAUGGUCCACAUGAUGGGUGUGUACCUGCUUCUCUGCGGUGGAUUAGUUCUCUCGUCUUUGGUGUUCGCGGCAGAGAAAUGUACACAAAGAUGUUCAUCUUGAGGGGUCUCCAGGCUAUUAUUGUGCCUACUAAAUAUCAGAUCCUCCGUGUUGUUAAGUCAAAGACUGCAGUAAUUAAUAAGUCAGAAAUCUCUCUCGACCCUAUUUUAUGACAUGCACUGAGUUUCAGGAAUAAAUUUACAUUGGAUUGUUGAUUAUCACUUUUUUCUCACUUUUUAAAAGUGGUAUUAAGAUGUGAAAUCACUGACAAACACUUACACACACAUACAUGUAUAAUGUAUAUAUAAUAUAUAUGUUUGUACAAACAUGCAUACUUUGUUCCAGUAAUAGAGCAGCUACUUACAGAUUUUAGCUUGACAAUGAAUAAUAUCGCCAAGGCCAGGUAUAACAUUUUAUUUUUUGCAAACUUUCGAAGUAAAAGACAUCAUCAGACAAAACAAACAUCAUUAAAAAAAAAAGAGUUUAAAGAAUUUACUAACUAAAACCGAACUAAAUGGGUAAAACAGAUAAAAAGAUCCAAAAACCGAGAAUGCAAAUGAAUGGACUCUAAAAUUAGAAAUGCUAUUAAAACAAAAAGAAGAGAAAAUGCAAUCUAAAACUAGUAAAUACAAAAUGGCUGUUGACAUGCUGCUUACCCUCUAAAAGCAAAUCAUAUGAAUGCUAAUUGUAUACGAACAAGUGGGUACCCACUUCUGGUUUCAUCUUUUUAAACAACGAUUUUGGGGUUAGGAGGUUCAGUGUGUUAAGCAGAAAAAUUACUUUUAGAUCCGUCAUAGUGAACGGGGUGAUCUUGCUCUAAACUUUGCAUAUAUGUGGCUGAAAAGGGUGCUUAUGAAAGAGGAAACCUUGCUCUAACAGUGACCUCUGUACGUGUUGCAAAAUUGUCUCUGAGCUAACGAGAACUAUAAUAUAGCUCACAGGUACGCAGACUACACUGCAAACAAGUAAAAAAACAACAGAAAUACAGCACAACAGUCAGAGCAGGUGGUGUCUUCCUCAACAGUAAAAGGGUAAGUAAAAACAAAUUGGAACCAAAUUUGAUGAAAACUGUGUUCAAGUAUUGGUAGAUCUAGGUAAUAAAUCUGCGUCGGAUAUUUCUUUGGAAAUUACGGCUUCCUAAAGUAUUUUGGUUGCCUAUUAAGAAUUUACUGCUAUUUUAUGGGGGUCGACAGUAAUUAACCUCCACGGGCCAGUAUUAAACGGCAAAAUACACUGGACACCCCAAUCCCUAGUGAAUGUCGUAUUCGCAGGACCAU